AUGAGCAGUAAUAUUACUAUGCAACCAACUUUUGAAACACAAAUGAGAAGAGAAAACUUACCGCACGCAACUCGUUAUUACCACUAUUUUUAUUCAGUCGAUCCAGUUCGGUCAACACCGGGAAAGGAAUAA